GUUGGUUGGUGGGCGGGGCUACUGAGCUAUGGAGAGACUGCUGGACCAGUACCUUGCUGCAGUUCCUUUGAGGGACUUCCAAUGGACGAACGUGGAGGCACUUACUGAAGAGGUGCAGCAGAAAAUGCUGGAUGAGGUUGUGAGGUCCCCCCUCGCUGUAUCGCACUCCCCCUCACCUGCUUAUCAGGCGGCCUUUCUCAAAAAACUCAUGGCAAAGGUGGAGGCUUAUGAAGGCACAAUAGUAGAGGGGAUCUAUGAGCUGUAUGCACAGCUGCUAUCAACCCCGACAUCAGAGCAGCAGGGUUAUUCCUGGAGGUCCUAUCACUUGCACAAUGGUGAUUAUGUUAGUCUAAUGGAGUCUCCCUACCUCAUCUCCUAUGGCACUACUGGCCUCACCACUUGGCAGGCUGCCCUCAGGUUUGUGGAGUGGGUGUCUUCUCCACAAAUAUCAACGCUUUUCCAUUCAAAGAGGGUGCUGGAGUUGGGGUGUGGUCUGGGGCUGACUGGCCUGGCUCUGUGUAAGCUGUGUUCCCCCUCCUCCCUCUGUUUCUCUGACACUCAUCCCAGGGUCCUCCACUGCCUCAGGGGAAACGUGGAGCACAACUCACCAAGCAGUAGUGGAGUGAGUACAGAGGUUGUCCAGUUGGACUGGGGCAGUCAGGAGGACAUUAGCUCCUUCCUUACCUCUCACACACUGGACUACAUUAUAGCCACAGAUGUGGUGUAUGAUGUCCCAACUAUAAACUCGUUUGUCAGUUGUCUGGUGCAACUAUUAAGGUGCAACCCUGGAGCGGUGGCCGUGGUGACCUCUACCAUAAGGAACACUGACACCUACCAACACUUCAUGCAGACCACACAUAAGGCUGGACUGGCAUGCACUGUGGUGGAUCUAAGCAACACUCGGAGGCACUUCUAUUAUGACCACUCACAAACCAUUGAACUGUUAGAACUUAAGCUAACUUAAGCUGACAGUAUAGCUCUUAAGUUUACAAAAAUCAUUGUCAACUAUUAAUAAUAUUAUUGAUUAAUUAUAACUGUGAGAUUUGAAUACAAACAUGAUUAUUUUUACAAAAA